AUGGAAUCGCCGUCUGCUCCAGCCAUAGCUCAUAUAUUCAGACUACCAUUGGAGUUGCGGGAGCAGAUUUACAGCUAUGUGCUUCCUGAUCAAGAAAGAGCAUUUUCGGAUUCAACCUCGCUAUCGAUAAGCGAUCCUCAUGACUGCAUAUUGAACAUUAUAUGCUGCAAUCGACAAAUUUAUGCCGAAGCCCGCGAUAUUUUACAUCGCCGGACAAUUUCCUUCUCAUCAAGUCCUGAUCAGGAAUACCUCAUUUCCAACGUGCCUUGUCUGCAUGGGUUGGAUUUUUCCCAAGUACCGCGUGUCAAGUUUGAACUCAAUCCAUUCCAAUACACGACGACCAUCCCAGAGCUGUGGAAGUCGCUGCUCUUACUCUGCCACGCCUUGAAAAGAUUCUUCCACAUCCCGCAUUUACAAAUCGAAUGCGACGGCAGACUCCCACGCACGAAGCCGCCAUUGUAUCUUGACGAGACAGACCUAGAUCGUGGCCCUUUAGUCACCGCCAUACUGCUACAACCUUUCAACCUACUUCGCAACAUUGGCCAUGCGGAAGUCAGUAUUCUCGGUGGGCCCUUGAAUAACCUCUGGUCCAAGAACAUCGCGUUACAAAAUUUUGCAAACCGUCUCGCACAGCAACUCGAAGCUUCCGACGCGCCAUACAGACACCAUGGCAUAAAUCUCCAGCGGCUGCAGCAUCUCUUGCGUCGAAAUCCCGAAUCUCUUUGGUAUAGACAUUCCUACGAGGACACCUUUGCGGGUCUCGUCCGGCCACCAGACACAAAUGAAGAUGUAGAGGAAAGCUAUAGGUUUUUCCGGGCUAUCCUUCCCUCGACAAACAACGGCACAAAUGAAUUCACAUCAUAA